AUGGCGAAGCUUGAAGAGCAGGAGGCCGCGACUCCAGAGGUCGUGGACGACGUCAACAUGGCGGACGCCGAGCACAGCGGCGAAAGCUCGACCUCCUCUGCCUCCGCUGGCUCCAAACUGCCGCCGUUCCGCGGCGUCCAGGGCUUCACAGACAGCUACGUGGCUGUGGGUCAGACGGAGCCGCCUACGAUCCCCAUUGAGAAGCUCUUCCCGGACGGACACUACCCCGUUGGCGAGAUCCAGGAUCACCCAGGCGACUUUAACUCGUUCCGUUUCACGAGUGAGGAGAAGCGCGCACUAGAGCGUGUCCAGGAAGAUCUCUACGAGACCGUUCGACACGCUUCUGAGGUGCAUCGCCAUGUGCGCAAGUUCGCACAGAGCCUCAUGAAGCCUGGCAUUAAGCUCGUCGACAUGUGCACGCAGCUCGAGAACAAGAACCGAGAGCUCGUGGUCGAGGCCGGCUUUGCUCGCGGUAUUGGCUUCCCCACAGGCUGCUCGCUGAACCAUGUGGCUGCCCACUACACGCCCAACUCUGGAGACGACACGGUGCUAUCAUACGGAGACGUGAUGAAGGUGGACUUCGGUACGCAAAUCAACGGACGCAUCAUCGACAGUGCGUGGACCGUGGCGUUCGACCCGCAGUUCGACCCUCUGCUGGCUGCUGCCAAGGCUGCGACAGAGGCCGGUAUCGCGAACGCUGGUAUUGACGCCCGUCUGGGUGAGAUCGGUGGCGCUAUUCAGGAAGUGAUGGAGUCGUUCGAGGUCACAAUCGACGGCAAGACGUACCCGGUUAAGUGUAUCCGUAACCUCAACGGCCACUCUAUUGGCCCUUACCAGAUUCACGCUGGUAAGAGCGUUCCUAUUGUCAAGACUGAGGACCAGACCAAGAUGGAGGAAGGAGAGAUCUUCGCUAUUGAGACGUUCAACACCACCGGUCGUGGCUACGUGGUGGAGGACGGCGAGUGCUCGCAUUACGCCAAGGCCUUCGACGCUCCUCACGUGCCGCUGCGUCUGCCCCGCGCUAAGAAACUGCUGGGCCACAUCACGCGUACUUUCGGUACACUACCAUGGUGCCGUCGAUGGAUCGAGCGUGAGGACGGUGGCUCGGCUACGCUAAAUCCGAAGGGCGCCAAGCAGGAGAAAUACCUCAUGGCCCUGAAGAACCUGGUGGACACGGGUAUCGUCACCGCGUACCCACCGCUUGUGGACGUCAAAGGCAGCUACACGGCGCAGUACGAACACACGAUUAUUUUGCGUCCGACGUGCAAGGAGGUGGUCUCUCGUGGCGAUGACUACUAA